AUGGAGUCCGCCGAUUUAACCCUUUUCAUCCAUUACGCAAAUGAUCUCAAAGAUGUCAAACACUUCGGAACCAUGAGUCCCUACGUUGUAGUUUGGAUUGCCGGCUAUGGCAUGGAGUCCCAAAAAAUAACAACACCUGUCGCAGAAAAGGCUGGUUGUUAUCCAGAAUGGGAAUAUCCCGUUAAAUUCCACAUUGUCCCUGUGAAGAGAGAGUACAGUCUCUUCAUUCAGAUCAAGCACGAUGGGACCAUGUUUGACCGGCAUAUCGGAGAAGUUGAAGUGCGUUUUUGCAGAUCUUCUCGAUGCAGAGGAUUUCACUGGGGUUUCUUCUAUUUCAGCUUACCAAGUCCUUCUAAUGGAUUCUUCCGAAGACUUAUUUCUGAUUUAAAUUGUUUAAUCUUUGAUCACUGGUGCUAUUAUAUGUAA